GGCGGACAGCGCUCCUCGCCGCCUUACUCCCACCGCGCGCUGUUGGAGGGAAGGGGAAGGAAGGGCCGCCCUCCCGGGCUCCACUCCUCCCCCCGCUGUUUCUCCGAGGCAAGGUAGCGGCGUAGGGCGCGGAGGAGAGGGAAGCGCUGCCGGCGGGGACGGCAGAGCUUACACAGACCUUUCCCAAGAUGGUUUCCUCAACUGAAUAUGGGUCACACACCUGGGACCUCUUACUGACAGUUGAUCAUCAACAUGAAGGUGUAGAAAAGGAAAUUCCACUACAGGUCACAGGGGACCUUCAUGUUGGAGGACUGAUGCUGAAAUUAGUAGAAAAAAUCAAAAUAGCACAAGAUUGGUCAGACUAUGCUUUUUGGUGGGAACAAAAAAAUUGUUGGCUUCUGAAAACCCACUGGACACUGGAUAAAUGUGGGGUGCAAGCAGAUGCUAAGCUGAUAUUUACUACUCAGCACAAAAUGCUGCGGCUUCGCUUGCCAAACAUGAAGACUGUGAGACUGAAAGUCAGCUUCUCUUCCAUGGUGUUUAGAGCUGUCAGUGACAUCUGCAAAAUGCUCAAUAUCAGGCGGUCAGAAGAACUCUCUUUGUUGAAGCAAUCAGAAGGCACACUCAAAAAGAAAAAGAAAAAAGACAAGAACAGCAAAGAACCAGCUACAGAAGAUAUCUUAAACCUGUGCAACACUCCUGUGAGUUCUGGAUUACCAGCCAAUCCAGGUUUAUACAGCAAGACCAUGACACCUAUUUAUGAUCCUGUCAGUGGGUCACCAGCUUCUUCCACAAUUACAUGGUUCAGUGAUGGUUCCUCGGCUGAGCAGAAUUGCAGCAUCCUGGCCCUCAGUCAUCCCACCUGUUCCCCGGAGAUGCUGGCAGAGAUGUACCAGCCACGGACUUUGGCUGACAAAGCCAAGCUCAAUGCAGGCUGGCUGGAUUCAUCUCGAUCACUUAUGGAACAGGGUGUUCUGGAGGAAGAUCAACUUCUUCUACGCUUUAAAUAUUACACUUUCUUUGAUUUGAAUCCAAAAUAUGAUGCAGUGCGCAUCAACCAAAUAUACGAGCAGGCCCGCUGGGCCAUCCUGCUGGAGGAGAUUGAUUGCACCGAGGAGGAAAUGCUCAUCUUCGCCGCGCUGCAGUACCACGUAAGCAAGUUAUCAUUAUCAUCAGAGACACAAGAUUCCACCUGUGAAUCGGAAGUGGAUGAAGUAGAAGCCGCCCUUUCCAAUCUGGAAGUGACACUGGAAGGUGGAAAUAAAAGCAACAUUUUGGAGGACAUCACAGACAUCCCAAAACUUGCUGAUAAUCUCAAGCUAGUUAGGCCCAAGAAGCUGGCACUCAAAGCUAUCAAGACAUAUUGGUUUGUCUUCAGAGACACUUCAAUAUCUUAUUUUAAAAACAAAGAAUCUGCACAGGGAGAACCUAUUGAGAAACUAAACCUGAAAGGAUGUGAAGUUGUACCAGAUGUAAAUGUUGCAGCGAAGAAGUUUGGAAUCAAAUUACUAAUUCCUGUUGCAGAUGGCAUGAAUGAAGUAUAUUUAAGAUGUGAUAACGAGGAUCAGUACGCUCGGUGGAUGGCUGCUUGUGUUUUAGCCUCCAAGGGCAGAACAAUGGCUGACAGCUCCUACCAGCCCGAGGUCCAAAAGAUCCUGUCCUUCCUCCAGAUGAAGAACUGGACCAUGUGUUCCCAGGCUGCCUCUGAGCCAGAGAAUGUAGAUAUGAAACCCGAAUGCUUCGUCUCACCACGCUAUACCAAAAAAUUCAAGUCCAAGCAGCUGACUGCCCGUAUUCUGGAAGCCCACCAAAAUGUAUCCCAGAUGUCCCUGGUGGAGGCCAAGCUGCGUUUUAUCCAAGCCUGGCAGUCCCUCCCUGAGUUUGGUUUAUCCUACUACAUUGUAAGGUUCCAGACUGUGCCUAGGAGUUACUUGAGAGAGCUCUGCUUGUUUGGAGCCAGAAUUCUCCCUGAAUUCCAUGCCCCAAAAUGGUCCCUGAUCCUGUUGGAUUUACUACCACAGGUACAGAUUUUUUGCGCUUUCUGUUACCAUUAAUCUUGUUAAAAGCAUGAACAAACCCAACACUUAAACUGCACUUUGUAGUGGUGAAUUGCUACGCAGUGCUGGGCAGUGUCUUGGUAGGGCAUUAAGCAAAGCACAAAUUGUGUCCAGGUCACUUUUUCUCCCUAAGGUCCAGCUGCAUCUAAAGAGAGAAGGUUCACAAACAGGAUCAGAAAUACUGAAAAUACAGCAAGCAGAUGAGAUUUCUCCCAGCUUUCAACAUGAACAUAGAGGAAGAUUGUUUCUUUAUCAGAGUAAUCUGUUCCCAAAUCAAAAAAUUCUGUCUGCCAAAAAUUCUGAUGCUUUUGUAUUUAUUUUUCAUUUCUAAUCAGAAGAAAGUUGAAAUGUUAAAAUGCCUCAGUAAUUUUGUAAUGUGAUUUAUACUGAAAAACAUGUAUAUAUCAGUUGUUCUGAUUAUAUAAUUUAGGUUAAUAUAGAUUAAUAUAGGUUAAUAUAACUAGAGGAACAUGUUUCAACAUUAGAGAAAUGAAGCAACAAAAAUUGUUGGCAUUUUUUCCAGUAAAAAUAUAAUCAAGUUCAUGCAUUUGGGAAGAACACUAUUUUUUUAGCAGGAAACAAUGAAUUGGAAAGAUUUCAGCCAGAUCUACCUUCCUGACUAUUUUCCAUCUUACACCAUGGCUCACCAACCUACACUUUUGCUUUAUAACAAGUCCUGUUCUUAAGAAGGGUCCAAGCUCCCCUUAACCCCAGGCUCUUGUGACUUUUCCCACAUCUUUUGCACUUGCAGAGGUAAGCAACUGAAAUGUUUCUCUAGACAGAAAUCAUUGCAAAGCACAUCUGCUCAAAUGCUUUGGGUUCUUUGCAGGUUUAAAGGAAGCAAGAAGGAUGAUGUGCUUGGAGUGUCCUAUAACAGGCUGAUACGGAUAGAUCUGGCCACAGGAGAUCCUAUCACAACAUGGAGGUUCUCCAACAUGAA